AUUUCUGCGCGUGCGCAUAAAGCGCCGCACAAGAGCUCGGGGAAGGCAUGGAGCGCUGGGUGGCGGCCGGCUGGUCGGGCUGGGGCGGGUUAUGGCGCUCCUCUUGGGCCCGUUGGCCCCCGUGGGAGCUGCUGACCGCCUGCGCGGUGAUCGGCGCCUUGGGUUGGCUGGUGCGCCUGGUGGAGAGGAGGAGAGGCCGAGGCUCCGGGCCUGGAACCGGAGGGGGGGCGGCGGCGGCUGACUCGCCUUCCCCGCCUUCUUCUCCUGAGGAGAAACGACGCGGCCCCGUCAGCCUUCGCCGAGGGACAGUAACAAUGGACAAUAUAUUGUCACGGCUAAAGCAACUAACACCUGAUGAGCUCAGGGAAGAAAUUGUCAAGGCUGGACAGAAGUGUGGGCCCAUUACGCUAACCACCAGAUCUAUUCUGGAAAAAAGAUUGGCCCAGUCAUUACUGGAAAAGCAAGGAGGAUUCGAAACAGAAAGUCCAAUUUUGAAUGGUGUACCUGGAGCUGAUGCUGAACAUUCUGAAAUCCAGAACUCACAGAAGGAUCAAAAUGGGCAUGUAAACUCAACCGAGGAUGGUGAUUUUGGAUACAAUAUAGGUUUGAACCCACCAGAAGAGGAAGCCUUGUUACACAAGACUGAGGUUGGCUCUCGGAUGACUUCUCAGACUCCAUCUAAGGAGCCUCUGCUGUACUACGGCGUAUGUCCGGUUUAUGAUGAUAUGUUGGCAAGAAAUGAGAGUGUGCAUGUGUAUGAAGAUAAAAAAGAAGCUUUGCAAGCUGUUAAAAUGAUAAAAGGCUCACGGUUCAAAGCUUUCUCAAAUAGGGAGGAUGCAGAAAAAUUUGCCAAAGGCAUAUGUGAUGGUUUCCCAUCUUCAAGCAAGUCCUCCUUGUCUUUGUCUCCAGUGAAAGUUUGUUCCGGGUUCAAUAGAGAUGGCUUAUGCUCUCCUGAGAUGGAAACAGUUAGUAAGGAAAGAGCCAACAGUUAUAAAAGUCCCCGUACGCAGGAUCUCACUGCUAAACUAAGGAAAGCUGUUGAGAAAGGAGAUGAAACAGCUUUUCUGGAACUUAUUUGGAGCAAUCCUCGCUAUCUCAUUGGGUCUGGAGAUAACCCAACAAUUGUGCAGGAAGGCUGUAGAUACAAUGUCAUGCACGUUGCCGCCAGAGAGAAUCAGCCUGGUAUCUGCCGGUUGCUGUUGGAUACGUUGGAAAAUCCUGAAUUUAUGCGGCUGAUGUAUCCUGAUGAUGACAGCAUAAUGUUACAGAAGCGCAUCAGAUAUAUUGUUGACCUUUAUCUUAAUACACCAGAUAAGAUGGGAUUUGACACCCCACUUCAUUUUGCUUGCAAAUUUGGGAAUCCCGAGGUUGUUAGUGUGCUUGCUUCGCACCCGGAUAUUGUGAAGAACCCAAGGAACAAAUCCAACCAAACUCCAGCAGACGUAGUAUGUGAAAGAAGCAAAAACAAAUCUGCAGAUCUGAAGGAGAAAAUCAGGGAAUAUUUGGAAGGUCAGUGUUACGUGCCACUCUUCAGAGCAGAAGAUAAUGCCUCGCCGCCUGUGAUUGGACCACCUUGGUCACCUGACCAGACAGACGAUAGUCCGCAUGGUGCUUUACUGAGAUAUAUUGGCAGCCCUAAAGAUCCUGUGUUGACAGUGAGGGCUUAUGCAGGCCCAAUGAGCCCUUCCAAGGCAGAAGAAUUCCACCGGCUUUGGAAGACUCCGCCUCGCGAGAAAGCAGGAUAUUGCCACAAUCUUCGGAAAUCUGAUUUGGAAAGAGGAGUUGAAAGAGUUGGAAGGGAGUUAGCUCAUGAGCUGGGGUUCCCGUGGGUUGAAUACUGGGAAUUUCUGGGCUGUUUUGUUGAUCUGUCUUCCCAGGAGGGGUUACAAAAGCUAGAAGAAUACCUGGCUCAACGCGAAUUGAGAGACAAGGUUCAGCAAGAAACAGGAGAGAAUGAAGCCCUCCACAGAUAUAAAUCUCAGCAGCUUUCGGGCAAAAGUAAGAAAAGCUGCAAUUCCAUCUCUGUUGGAGCAUUUCUCGAUGAUGAUGACAUGAGUUUGGAAGAAGUAAAGAAUAGGCAAAAUGCUGCUCGAAGUUACAGCCGAGCGGUUGCACCCCAUGAAUCAACAAUCAGGGAUAUUGGAAACUCAGAGUGCGACAUCUUGUCCAUCCAGUGUAUGAAAAACAUAAUACAGAUGGGAGAAGACUCCGGUGCGCGGGCAGACAAAGAGCCUCCUGCUAGUAAAAAUGGAUUUUGUAGCCCUGUGGCCAGUGAUAGAAUUGUUGGCCCUCACAGGAGACAUCCAAGCCAAGAGGAAGAGUGCUUUGCAUCACCCGUCUCCAAUUUAAUGGAAGAAUUUGAUAAGCUGGCUUGCCAGGACCAGAUACUGGGAGCUGAAAGUUUAUCAGAGAAGCCAAGCCAGGGGGAAGGAACGAGGCCACUAAGAAAAUGUAAAGAUCUGGCAUAUUCACCGCUUCCCAAGCCAGGUGCAGCGGCUGGAAAAGCUGAGGAGGCAACAACAAGGACAGAAAUGGAAACGCAUCUGGAAACGAAGAGCGCAUCAGCAGAAAAUGGAGUCUGGGGAGAGAAAGGGCAACAGUCUUGCAGUUCCAAAUCGCAGUCGGAGGUGUCUUCACAGUGUUCCCUAAAUUCUCCAUCCUCCAAUGAGAAAGGAAGACGGCUGUUUCUCUUAGGGGAGCAGCCAUCAAAAUUGGACAAUGAUGUGUUAACAGCACUGUAUGGGGUAGAGAUUGAUCCGCAGUGGUACCCAGCUAUUUACAAGUGGAACCUGUCUGUCCAGUUCUAUUCUUCUUCCGAGCGGCAAAGCUGGCCAAGCCCAUCGCUGAAAGGAAAACUGAAGUCUCAGUCCGCUUCGAGUCCAUCCAGCAGCCCAGCCUAUUAUAGCCCAGGAAAAAGCAGCCCAGGAAAGUACAGCACACCGGCCACUGGCUUCUCUCGAGACUUUGGGAGCCCAGGACGGUAUAGCCCAGCCUACGUGAACCUGUUGUCGAAACGGCACCAUCUCUCAGGACCACCUAUUCAUUAGAAAUUGACUCUCUUAGCGCUUGCAGCUAAGUAUUUUAAGCGGAGGAAAACAUUUAGGGUGUCGAACACUUAGUGUGGUGUCUCCCUGAUCCCUUUUUAUUUAUUGUUGUUGGGGAAAGAGGCUGCUUUGGCAGAAAAUGUCUUCAUUCCAUUUACCAACUUGUAGAUUAGGAGCGGUUACGUGUUUAAAGUACCUGAGCAGUAAGCAUAACACUUAUCAGAGGUGAUUGUGAAUAGUACUGGCUUUUCGGCACGUGAAUCAAAAGGUCCAUUUCUCCCACCCUUCUUAGAGAGAUCCCUUUUACAUGUAGCAACUCUCGACAGUAGGGAACUCAAGGUAUCAAGUUUAUAUUCUCCUGUUAGUCUUCCAGGUGAGGGGGUGGGGGAGAGGGUGCUGCUUCUCAAAAUAGAUGGCUUUUGUCAAAUGUUUUGUCCGUCACUAUUCUUAUUAGAAUUAGUUUAAAAGAACAAGUGAAAGCAUCAGUGUCCUGUACUGAAAUGUUACAAAAAGCUAAAUAACUGAAAUGAAUGGUGAGCCUUCUUCCUCCUUCAUCAUGAUUUGAUUUUGCAGCUCUUACGUAAGAGUUCUUUAGCAACGCCACCUGAUUCAUCACUGGCCUUUCCCUUUUGUUGUCCAGAUCAUUGUUUUGAUGUAUGCAAACAAAUAACGUCAAAAUUAGUUCCAUAUGUGGAAUCUCUUGAAUAUGUAAGUGGUUCCACUAAAACAUUGGGUUUUGUGUGUGUAUCUCUGCUAACUUGCAGUUACAGUUCCAACACAAUUUAAUAAUGAGCCUUUCACCCAUACCCAAAUCUACAGUUUCGGUUCUAUUCAUUUGGAACCUUUCCUUAUGCCUUUUAGUACACAUAACCACCCUAGUGAACGCAGGAGCUGUUAGAGAGGAUAAUCAGACCGAGCUGAUCAAGCAUAAGUAUCCUGCUGCCAAUGGGGGAAGUAGUUUGGCACAGAGCUUUAACAGAGCAGAUGGGGAUUUUCUUUUAUACUUGAAAUCAUCACAACAUCAGGGACAUUUGGUGGUUUCUUUAGACCAGGGCUGGUCCUUCAGGUAUGGAAUGACAGUUCCCAUCCAUUCCCUCACCACUGAGUAUGUUGGCUAGGGCUGGUGACAACUGCACUCCGUUAACAUCUGGAGGACCACUUAAUCCCCACCCCCACCCCUGCCUUACCCCAAGUGUAAUGAGCUUUUUGUAUAUCGUUCCUGAAUGUUUUAACGUUUUGGUACAAAACUCCAGAUUUGCACUUAAGGCUUCCAAUUUUAUUAGUGCCUUUUGUAACAUUUUCAUUUUGUAUGUUUUGACUUGCUUUUAAUAGUGUGUAUGUGGAUCCCUUGGGUAAGCACUAACCAUGUUUUAACUUUUCAACACUUCUGAACAAGUCCCUUUAAUGCUAUCCUUUAAAGCUUAAAGAUUUGGGGAGAUGCUCUAAACAUCCAUCUGUUAAUCUGUACAUUAAUUAGAGGUGGCAUAAAUGUAAAUUACAGAUACUUCCAGUUGAUUUAGAUGGCUCUUAUAAUGCCACUUGUAUAGUCAUUUAAGUAUAAAACAAGCAGCUUUACUCUAGUAUAGGUCUUUAUUAAAGUUAGCCUUCAUAUGUGUCAGGGGUACCAUUUUCCAGUAAACAUAUAGGUUUGGUGAAGCUGGCUUCCUAUACUGUGUAACUUACAACUGCAGCACAAUGUGAUCACAGAGAGAUCAUUUUCUUGGACAAGAUUCCCCCAGAAAGCAUGACCGUGAUUAAUUCUGGGAAUCUCUGUCCAAGAAUAUGUUUCUUCCAUGCUCUGAGCUAACGUACUCUGACACUAGAGACACUUUCCCCAAGUUCUAUGCUGCAAUUUUUAGAGGGGCCAUACUUAGAAAUUACUUCUUGUAAAUUCUUCACCUGUCUAGGAAAUCCCGAGUAAACAGCUGGCUAAAAAUAGUACAUAUUCUAGUACAUCAGCAGGUACGGAAAUUUUGACAAUACUGAAAAUGAAAUCGUAACAGUUUCUUAAAAUGGAAGACACCAUCUGCCUGGGGCUGUCAUCGGCUCUCCUGUAGCAAUGUUUUCUUCACAAAUGUAUAGAAAAGGUGUUCUCGUUUACCAUUCGGAAAACUUUCGUCAAAAAAAACAUAAGCAACUGACUUAUAAAAAAACAUUUUGUUACAAGCCUUCCUUUGCUUUGAUACUUCUUGUUACAUGCCUUUUUUUGUAUUCAAGAGUUUCUGGAGCACAAACUGUCAGUUUAACACUUGUCUUGUGAUGGGGAGGCCCCAAAGGAUUGAUGUUACAAAAUACUGAUGUCUCACAAUUUAGUCCUUUUUUUGUUAGUGUGUUCAAGUGAAUUUAUAACAAUCUUAUUAAAUUUGUUUCGCUAAAA